UUUGUGAUUUAUUGAACAUCGCUCGUUCCAAACAGAUCCAAAGUUUUUUUUUGGUGAAAAAAAACCACUUAAAAAAACUUCGCAAGAUGCUGAAGAUAGUACUAGCUUUGCUAGCUCUGGUGGGGCUCUGUGUGGGGGACCAGUGUGCUGACCAGGCCAACGCCUGCUUCACAGACGGUGACCGCAGCGCCAUCAGCAGGAAAAUACAAGCUUUUGAUCUGGAAGCAGCUUGCAUGCACUACCUGACCUCUGUCACGUGCGCCAACAAUGUCCAGGGUACUUGUACUGAAAAAGGCGCAGCCAUCGCUAGAGCCAACAACGCAACAAGCAACUUAUGCGGAGCCGAUGGCAAGCCUGACCAGUGUGGCCGAGACUUCAAGAGCUGCAUGGACCAGUUUACCAGCAUCGAAAAUGAUUUCCGGGCUCAGAAUGCCAAACUAGCCUGCCAGGCGAUCAACCAGUACGAUGUUUGCACAACUAAUUUGAAGAAAAACGACGCUUGCUUGGCGAAGGUUGGACUUAUCCUGAGUGCAUUUGAGACAACUUUUUCUGGAGAUGAGCUGCUUAUUGGAUGUGACGGCCCAUGUGGACAAGCCAUCGGCACGUGCACCAGCAAGAUGUUGAACGAUCUGGCUAUGCAGGAGGUUCUCAAGAAAAACUGGACAGAUUUUUGCAUUCAAGCCUACGAUUCUUUAGACUGCCUGGACAGGCUCAAGACCUCUACAGCAUCUGCAUGUGCUGGGAACCAAACCCUAAUCAACCAGGCUGACGCGGGGCUGCAAAGUCAAAUUAAUUAUCUGAAAGAUUAUUGUGACGACAAGGGCAAACCAUCAGCCUGUGUAUCCACCAUUAUCCUCUGCUACGCUGACAUCGCGGGCCUCGGUCCAAAACCCACUGUGGCCCAGGAGUGCGCGGCAUCAGCGAAGUUUCUAGAAUGUAGCAGUUCAUUGCCCUGUGUCAGUGGUCUGGGUACAACCAUCAAUAACUUGAAAACACAACUCGUCAACGAGCAAGAGAAGGCCAAUUGUGAUAGGAUCGGAUCCUGCAACCAGCGCAUGACGGCAUGCAACGAUUACCAGGCACAGUUGCAAAGUUUUACAAUCCAAGAUGCCAGUUACUGCAACGUGGCUAACAAAGGUGUGUUGUGCUUUGACAACGUCCGAAAUGACGUCAUCUGCAGCAAAGAACAAACUGUGGUCAGCGAGUUUGAAACUAUGUUGGCUAUUGAAAUAGCCCCAGCCUGUGGUGUACAUCUUCCAAGCUGUGACGACCGUCUGAAGAUCUGCGAGGAUACAGAACGUAUCUUGGCAUCUAUCGACAACACGACCAAAAAGGCGGACUACUGCAAACGAACCUUCCAAGGCAUCAAGUGCUUUGAUGACAUCAGGAAAAACGCCACUUGUAAGAUGGACCAAGUUCAGGUCAAAGGAUGGGAGGCAACUCUAAAAAAUGUUCUCGGACCAUACUGUGGCAACGGUGGCGCUACAGUCCAUAUCUCCAUCGCUCUUCUCAUCACAACAUUGUAUCUAGCUUUAAAGGCCUUCAACUUGGACAGAAGUUGAAA